UUUUGUAAAUUCACCAAGUGGAGUUAUUGAGUCUGAUUAGCUAAUUGGAGAGCUAGCUUCCGUAGCUAGUGGGUCCAUGACGACGACUUCUGUUUUGCUUGCUCAGCCGUUUUACUGCCGUCUUACAGGCACCGUUUGGAAACAAUCAAGAGCAUUUUAAGAAGGGACUCAUCUUCUCACUGACUUUCACUCUCCCCAAGACAUCAAGGCAAUUGACUUGAGACCAAUAAGUCACAGAACCUUUGGCAUCCUCAAGAGUCAUCAGCUAAGCAAGUCCCCCAUUUGCACAGUGAUAUUGAUUGAGGAAAUGGACUUGCGUGUGUGAGGCAUCAACAUUAGAGGUACACGGUUUCGUUAUGACAACCUGCUGUAUAGAAGAUGUCAACGCCGUCUGUGACUGAUAUCCCAGAUGUUGGUCAUGAUGAGAGUAAAGUGUUUGACAAUGCUGCAGAGCUGCAGCUGGACUGCAUGGUUGAGGAGAGCAAUGGCGGCACCAGAAUGAAGCAUGGAAGUCUGCUAUCUCUUAGUGACUUGUCCCAGCCAGAUGACUUCCACGCCCCGCCUCAUAAUGGCCCCGCUAUGACUGGGACGAACAGCCAUAUGCCAGUAGAGUCAAGUGACACCAAACCCGACCCUGCAGCGGGUGACACAUCCACCAGCAUAGACGGUCAGCCUGUGAAGAGAAAGAAGGGUCCUGCCCCGAAGAUGCUGGGAAAUGAGGUGUGCAGCGUAUGUGGGGACAAGGCCUCUGGUUUCCACUACAACGUUCUGAGCUGUGAGGGCUGCAAGGGCUUUUUUCGACGCAGUGUCAUCAAAAGUGCCCAGUACUCCUGCAAGAACAACGGACAUUGCGAAAUGGACAUGUACAUGCGACGCAAGUGCCAGCAAUGUCGCCUGCGCAAGUGCCGCGAGGCAGGCAUGCUCGCGCAGUGUGUUCUUUCUGAAGAGCAAAUCCGGCGCAAGAAAAUGAAGAAGCAGCAUGAUGAUGAAACAGCCCGUUCGUCGACAGUGGUCACUCCCACUCCUCCGCAAGAAACAACUACACUGGAUCCACAGCAGCAGGAAAUGAUCGAGAAGCUGGUGGCUAUGCAGAAGCAAUGCAACAAAAGAUCCUUCCUCGAUCGACCAAAAGUGACGCCAUGGCCACAGAAUCAGGAUAUGCAAAACCGAGAAGUGCGUCAGCAGCGUUUCGCCCACUUCACUGAGCUUGCAAUCAUGUCGGUCCAGGAGAUUGUGGAUUUUGCCAAGCAGCUUCCUGGAUUUCUCGAGCUCACAAGGGAGGACCAGAUUGCGCUGUUGAAGACGUCAACCAUAGAAAUUAUGCUGCUGGAGACGUCUCGGCGAUACAACCCUGCCAUUGAGAGCAUUACGUUUCUAAAGGAUUUUAGCUACAAUAAGGAGGAUUUCGCAAAAGCAGGCCUUCAGUUGGAGUUCAUCAAUCCCAUCUUUGAGUUUUCUAAAGGAAUGAAUGACCUGCAGUUGGACGAAGCUGAAUAUGCUCUUCUUAUUGCCAUCAACAUAUUUUCAGCAGAUCGGCCAAAUGUGCAGGAUCAUGAUCUUGUGGAGAGGUUACAGCAACCAUACGUUGACGCUCUGCGCUCUUACAUCAUGAUAAAGAGACCAAAUGAUCACUUGAUGUUCCCACGCAUGCUGAUGAAGCUGGUGAGCCUCCGUACGCUAAGCAGCGUGCAUUCCGAGCAGGUUUUUGCCCUCCGCCUUCAGGACAAAAAACUUCCCCCGCUGCUGUCGGAAAUUUGGGACGUCAACGAGUGACUGCAGUCCCGAUAUCACACUCCCUGGCUUUUCCUGAAUUUCAUGACUUGGCACGGCAUCGCGCAGGAGCCUGAACCCGUCUCAUGUGGUCAUGGACUCUUUCCAGCAUCGCGCUGCUGUUGGGGGUUUUUUGUGAGGAGUGUCAAUGCCCUUUUGCUCUGAGAUGGAGGUCGUAGUUUUUCCUCUUUGUGGAUGCAGGCAUGAUUUUUCCCGACAUGUAAUGCCAGCAGGAUGCUUUUGGAUGAUUUCUGGACAUGGAGUGCAGUACUAAUUUUUUUAUCUAACAGCUACAGUCAGAAUUGCUCUCGGAAUAAUAGUUGCUUCAUGUCAUGAUUCCAGCCGGGCUUACAGUUAAUUUAUUCAGUAGUAACUUGGGUACAGCUGCAGUUCAGGUUUGUACCGUGCAUCCUGGUAGGAGACAUGCUUGUGUACAUUUUGGAAGCAGUGCAGUACAGAGAGUCGGUGUAGUUGCUCAGGUAAACUAAUGUGAAGUAGAUGCAUCCUUUAAUAGAUCACCUGAGUGGGAUCCUGUUUAUCAACAACAAUGCACACAAAUUAUUUAUUUUUAUGUGUACACAAGAUUGUAUGAAUACAAACUAAUCCUUAGUAAUAGCAAACGACUAAAGUGAUGCCAUGGAUCACAUAAAACAAACGGGGGGGAAAAAACAUACAGUGGAACCUUGAUUUACAAACUUAAUUUGUUCUGGAACGAGGUUUCUAAUUCGAAAUGUCCUUAUAGUGCAGCAAAUUUCUCCAUAAGAAACAAUGUAUGGUAAUUAUAAAUAAUGGGUUCCAACCUUGACAAAAGUCCCCAUUUUAGUGAAGGUUUGUACACGUGCUGCAGGGCUGGGUGAUGUGGAUGAAAAAUCUCGACAUAUUUUUAAUUAAACUCGAUAUUCGAUAUAUACCUCGGUAUAUUUUUCGGUGAAAGUAUACAUAUAAAGUUAUUCAUUUUUGAGCGAUAUUCAGUCAAAUUGAAGUGAAUGACAACUGCACUAUAAACAGUCCGUAGCACUUUUAUUAAGCCAGUUAGUCAAGAUGGAUAUUAACAGCAGAGAAAAUAAACUGUUUAAGUAGUACAGAAUUACAUAACAUAAAUAAAAUAGAAAAAUAUUAUUUCUACGUAAAAUAAAUAACAUAGCUGUGCAAAUAAUACAAAAUGUAUCAAACUCAGAUAAAAAAAACUAAUUUGCAGGCAGGCACUUUGUGAUUUCUCUUCCUGGUUCGAUGACCCGCCCUAUCUUGCCUCUGAUUGGCCUGUCCCUAACCAAUCGUGACGCAUCAUAGUAAACAACCAACCAAUCAUGGACGUUCUUAUACGUGCAAGCACGUCUUGGAAGGAGGAAGGGGAGCGGUGGAGAACAAGGAACACAACAAAUAAGCGGUGUUUGGUCAUUUUAACGUGAAAUAAAUUGUAUCAAUAUUACGAUAUUUUCUUAAUUCAUAUCUUGUUUAAAAAUAUUUCGAUAUCUUACAAACUCAAUACAUCACCCAGCCUUACAGUGCUGUAUAUCAAACAAAUAUAACGUUCUUGUAAACGCUGCUGUCCUCUGAAGGCGCUGCUCAACACGUGCACACUCAGAAGUCACUCGGGUGCCCUCACAAAACCAUCAGAAAUCCCAAAAAUCCCAAACUUUAACAACAAUAUUGCUACAAUCGAAAACAUUUCAUCCACUUGCAUUAACAUCGGUAAGGAGGAGCUGGCGAGAAAGCAGACAGAGAGAGAGUGAAGGGAUCGGGGACAAGUUAGGAACCGUGUGUGUGCUGAAAGAGACGAGUGCCUUCUCUGCUGCUGUGAAAUAAGUCUGCUUUGGUGUCUUUUUCCAGAAAAGUAUAGUCUCAUCACAAACGCAGUAUGGUCUUAUCAUACUUGUGAGCGCCAUUUGUGUACUCCUCGUAAAUAGUCUCCAGCGAUUGCCGUCUCCUUUCUACGUUGGUCUGUUGUCUUUUUGGGACUCAUAUUGAGUUGGCAAAAUGGACAAAACGUGUAAAAGGUGACGAAAAAGAAAAGGCACACACCGCUGAGUAGUGACUAGUAGUGUAGUGCGGAGCAAGUGACGUUGAGGGCCCUGCUUUUGGCCUGCAGGCUGGACACACUAUGAAUGAAUGAAUGGAGAGACAUGGUUUGCGCAUUGGAGGUUUGUUUGGCUUGAUCUAAAAGUUCGUAAAUCGAGAUGUUCUAAAAAUAAGGGGGUUCGUAAAUGGAGGUUCCACUGUUCAUGUAUGAGAGAUACGAAGGACCACAUAGCUACUAUUCAACUGGUAAUAUCUGAGAACUUAUAGAACUGGGAUGUUUAGUCUUGUUAAAAAUAGAACAUUUUAUGACUUCAAAAAGACGGACAUAUUUGUGCUUCCUCUCGUAGUAACAAGUUGAAAUGCAACAAAGCCUGAUGUGGACAAAAAUGGAAGAAAUUACCAUUAUUGACGUAUUUAUAGUUUCAGAUGUACAGUAUGAGGAACAUGAGCUAGAUUACACUUCUUGGAUUGUUCUCAUUUGUCUCACAACUGCUGUUUAAUAGGAAGCGCCAAUAACCAUUUCAGAACUAUAUCACAGCAUAACCAUUGUUUUUAUUUAAAUUACAGUGAUAUCACCUCUUGAAUUUUAAUUUACACUUCCUUGGAGCAUUUGAAUAGUUGGAAAUGUUACCGUAAAAUUAAGUGUGCUAGCACAAUACAGUUUUCAGCACUUGGUGUGGUGUUCCUCAACUGUAACAGGCAUAAACUGAUGCUAUUUGAAUGUCUUUUUUUAAAGAAUCUUCCAGAUGUGUUUUAUAUAUUUCUUUUUACAUAGCAGACGCGUGCUCAUCCUAGCGGGGAAAAGCACAGAUGUUUCCAAUAUGCUAUGUUUUAUUGAGAUUUACUGGCAAGCAGGUGUGGAAAUUAGAUGCAAUUGAAGUGUGUACCAUUGCACGUGGUAAUUAUGAAAAAGGGUUUUGAUUUGUACCUGGAAUGGCGCUGAAUGUGUGUUACAGACCCUAACAAAUCAAAAGCAAACAACAGUACCGGUACUUGACUAACACUUGCAAGUAAAAAAAAAAUACUCUUGGUUGUCGAUGACAUUUAAUUUAUGUAUAAAAAAAAAAGAAUGUAUUAAAUAAUCAAAUUGAAUUAAUGAAGCAGUGUGGUUUAAAGUAGCCUGCAAGGUAGUCUGUGUGCAGUCCUCUUAAUCAAACGAGAUUGUACGCGCUAAAAAACACGUCCAUGUUUGGCUAAUGUGACCUAAUGUUGACCUUUUGAUCUCUGAAUCUUGUUCCAGUUCUUCUGUCUGCAAGGGGCGAUGCUGUAAAAAGACGGUUGGAAUAUAGAAUUAUAUUUUAAUACAUGUAACUGCCAAGAAUCGUCUUGUUUUGUAUGUACGGUAAAUUAAAGCUGAAAUAUGAA